AGCCGGUGACCGACUUCGGCUUCACAGUGUCGACUUACUGCUUUUCCCUCGUCGGAUUACACUUCAAGGAAGACGGAAGGCUCCAGGUGCGAGGCCAGGUUCAGGGAAAUCGGUGUCAUCACAUCACAGCUCAUGUGAGGACAAGUCAUGGCUGGGAAGCCUUUCCGGGCCACCUACAUCUGGAGCAGCAUCAUCUCCAAUCUCCACACUCAGGUGGAGGUCAAGCGCCGGCGCCACAACCUCAAGUCCUACCAUGACUGCUUCCUGGGCUCGGACGCCGUGGAUGUGGUGUUGGCACACAUCACCCUGAACCGCUUCUUCGGCGAUGAGGACGUGCCGCGCUACAAGGCCGUCCGUCUCUGCCAGGCCCUGAUGGACUCGAGGGUGUUCGAGCCGGUGGGAAUUAAAGUGUUUGGGAAGGAGAAGAAGCGAGCGACGUUUGAGGACAGCAGUUUCAGUUUGUACAGGUUCCUGAGCCCGACCACCACCUCCUCAUCAUCGCUGGCCGACGUCAACUCUCACUCCACCAGCACCAUCGAGAGCGGCUAUGACUCACCGAGCAUGAACAGGAACAAGAACAGCUAUAGUCCAUCACAUGAAAGACACGAGGUGCUGGGCUACUCCACCCACUCCCCUGUUAACACGGACAAGUCACUGGAGGACGUGCUGGGAAACCUCAACCUGAGCUCGACCGUCACCCCCCAGAUGAUGAACCUCGGCCUCUCGCAAGAGCUGGUGUAUGAGGUGUGGCACCAGCAGGCUGUGUUCAGGCUGUUGCAGCUGGUAGAGCUCCCCCUGCUGGAGAACCUGUUGGAGGGCAAGGACGCAUCUCGGCCUCCGCUGCACACUAUGGACAGUGACCCGGACCUGUUGUACACAUCGAGCUACCUGGAUCGAGAGGUCCUCAAGGCUUUCGGUGAAGCCCAGGCCGAUGAGUGGAUGUCAGGGGCCGUGGACUGUCUGGAGUUCCUGCCUGAUGAACUGGUGGUGGAGGUCAGCCGAGGUUUGGCCGGUUGCUCGAACGACCUGCUCCAGAGUAAGAAGCUGCUGUACGAGGUGCUGGCUCAGCAUUAUGGACACACACAGCAGCCGCCGCUCCUCAGCAACCACGUUUUUGACAUCCACUCGGGCAUCUCGGAGCUACUCGUGAACGGCAAGCGGGAGCAGGCUCUGGAGGCUCUGCAGCUGAGCCUGAAGCUGCAGGACUCUCGCAGCAGGGAGGAGCUUCGCAGACUCCUGAGAUUCAUGGCCACUGCAGCCAGAUUACAAGAGGUCAAACUGCACAAAGAGAUUGAGAACAGAAUGGCGGUGAAAAGGUCUUUCUCGAGUGCCAUCGUCUACAGCAGGAGACUCCCCAAAGGAAAGGUGGACUUGAUGGUUCUGUUCAUGAUGGAUAACCACUGCGACCUUUUCAAAAUUCCUGUAACUCUGCACAAGAUGGUGAGCGACAGAAUCACAAACAUUGUAAAAGGGAAAGAUCCAGACAUGAUAACAGGAACGACGUUCUGCACAAGGUUGAGCCCCAAGGCCUUUUCAGAAAACACACAAAAAACCACGAAAGAGGAGCUUUGGUCUUUACUGCGGACGAUCCACGAGAACACGGAACUCUCCAUCAGAGAGAAGAGACGGCUGCUGGGACAGUUUUACAAAGGCCAUCCGGAGAUAUUUGUUCAGUAUUUUGGAAAUAGAUUGUCCAGUAUCAACAUGUUGCUACGGUAAAAAAUGUAUAUAAAAAAAAAAAGGUCAUGUAUUAUAAUGUAAAAAGAUAAACAUGUAAAAAGAGGAGCCGAUGUGAAGAUUGGUGGUAUAGUGAAUAUUAGCCGGCAUGUAAAUAUUUAAAGCUACUGAAAAAGAAUGUGAAGUUUGAAAAGAUACUCUUAAUAAGCUGCAAUAUUUAAGGACAUAUUUACUUGUCUUAUAUUUUAGAUAUUUAUUUGGUGCAGGACACUAACAUGAAAUGUCCGUGAAACCUCCAGAAUGACAAAAUGCAAUCUGGCAUUAGUUUUAUUUUUUUUUUAUGUUUUUGCACUGCGCUGUGUCUUGAUGGCGUUUUUUGCGUCUGCAGCCAGUAAGGAUAAGUCUGCACAGGACUUUUACAUGGACAUAUUCUUUGUGCUAUUGCAAUAGGAACAGUGGUAGCAAUUUCAAAAAAGAAAACGUGCCUGUUCAUAUGGUUUGUGGAGCCAUGUGAUGGAAAUUUGAAAGUCUGAUGUGCUGUUGCAAACAGUCAGAGACAUUCAGGAGAAUCAUCCCUCUGGGCUUUUGUGUUUGUUGCUACAAAACAGAUGUCAGCAAGUUUUUCUUUUUUCUUUCUUUCUUUUUGACUUAAAACCCUUUGCUGCAUUGUCUGAUUAAAAGAGAACAAUGUCCACAAAUGUUCCUGGUCGUGAGAUAUUUUGCAGAACUUUAUGCUCUAACACAAGAAGAGCUGUGGACUUUAUGUUCAGUUAGAUUUGUUGCUACUGGAGAGAAAAAACAAGAGUGAGAAGGA